AUGUUUUCAAGAUAAAUUAAUGAUGCCUUUAUUAGAUAUUGGUAGGGCUAAAAGUAUUCUCGAAACUUUAAAUCAAAAGUUUAAAUAUUCAAAUAUCCUAUAAUCAUUUUACAUGGUAAAUAGGAUGCUGUAUCAAGUUAUUAUGAGAGUAUAAGAUUUUAUGAAAAAUGUGGUAGUCAAGAUAAAUCUAUCAAAUUAUUUAAAAUUCGUUGCCAUGAAUUAUAACAAGAUUUAGAAUUUGUUAAAAUGAAACAAAUCAUUGUUGAUUGGCGUUCUAUAAGAAUUCAAAAGGCUGAACCUUUUGGUAUUCUAAUAUUUCUAUUAAUCUUUAGGAAUAUUAUUGUAAUCUAGAAUCAAUUAUGGAAUUCCAAAUGGAAAGAAUAAUAAUAUGAAAAUUUUAUUUGCUAUCUUUUUCAUUUUAAUUUAUUUAUUGGUGAUUUUCAAAUUUAAAAAGAGAUUCAAUAAAUAUUAAUAUCCAAUUAUUCCAUUGAUGAUAAUAUAUAGAUAUUAUAAUAAAAAUUUAUGAAAAAUUUUAGACGAAACAAUAAUCAAUCAUUCAGACCUUUUAGAAAUAACAGAAGACCUAGAUCAAAUUUCUAAAGAAAAUUCAGCAGAGAUGAUAAUGAUAGAAAUAACAAUUAACAAUGUAAAUGGCUUUUUAUAGACUAUCCAUUUAAUAGCUGAUAGAAGACCAUUUAAAAGAAGUUUUAGAUUUAAAAGGUCUGGUAAAUUUGAGGGAUUUAGAACUGGAUUAAAAAGAUCUAGAAAAUUUUCUGAAAACAAAGGAGAUAAUUUAGAAAAUAAAUUGAAUUAAUAAUUGGAAUAAUAUAAGAGUGGAUAAUAAGUAGUUGGAAAUAGCGGUAUCAAUAAAUAUUUAUUUCAAGCAUCAUCUAAAUUGGAUAAUGAUUUAGAUGCAUAUUUUUCAAGAAAAGGAUCAAUUACAAAAGAAAAUAAUUUAGACAGAGAAUUAGCAAGCUAUUGGAAAAAAAAUAAUUGAUAAAUGUUAAAAUAUUCAUAAUCACAAGUUAUAUAACAC